UAUGUUUAACGUAACUUUACGGACAAAUAACUGAGAUUGUUCGAAAUACUUUUUUAAAUUGUUCAUUACUAAUUUAAGUUCGAAAUCAUCACGAAUAGGCUACAUUUAUGAAACGCCUCGCCGCCCUUCGUAUGACGUCAUCGUUUCACAUCGGCUCAUCGGAAAAACUAGUUACCGAAAGUAGAAUUUUCGUCAUAUGAUUACACGGAAGCGCACAGCGAGGGAUCUAAACAGACAAGAUGGCAUCAUACCCUGGAGGAGGCGAUGAAGGCAAUAACCAAGACCAGAUACUGGAACUAGGAACUGUUUUGUUAAAGGAUUUCAUUUUUGAGCGGGUUAGGCGGCAUGGAGAUGGCAACGAGGCUCUGACCAGGAAACAGCUGGAUGGAGUGGAGCUGAAAAACCCAAACCACAAGAAGCUGGCCCAGUGCCUGCAGCAGAUUGGAGACGAGUUGGACGGAAACGUAGAGCUUCAAAGAAUGAUGAACGACUCUUCGCUCAGUCCCACAAAAGACGUGUUUUUGAAAGUUGCCAUAGAGAUCUUUUCGGAUGGCAAAUUCAACUGGGGCCGGGUGGUUGCACUGUUCUACUUUGCCUGUCGACUCGUCAUCAAAGCUCUCGUGACCCAAAUUCCUGACAUUAUCCGAACAAUAAUCAACUGGACCAUGGACUACCUCCGCGAAAAUGUCAUCAACUGGAUCAGGGAGCAAGGUGGCUGGGAGGGCAUCCGAUCCCACCUAGGCACACCCACAUGGCAGACGCUGGGAGUUUUCCUGGCCGGUGUCCUCACGACCGUUUUAGUAAUUCGCAAGAUGUGAGGAAUUUGGGAUGAGCAAACACGUGAACGAUCGGGAAGAGGUACGCCUGACGUUUCUGGGGACAUGAUCGAGUAUAUCUUAACGGGAGCAGGAAGAAGUAAAGGCAGAGUGAGCGAGUCUUAUGGGAAGAGCUUGUAUUUGGACACAAAGAGCCACUCUUCGUUUCUGCCGACCCUCUUAUUUGCAAGCACUGGGGGUUAGACAGAACGCAUUGACGCACCCGUAAUCCCUACGCCACGAGGAUGUGGUGGGGGGGUUUAGUGGAAGAGUUUGGAUGCCUUUAACAGGGAACGUAUUUUAAUUUAUUUAUUUUUUACCCGGUUUGGACAAAAGAAAAAGUCAAAGCGUUCUGUUAUCUUCCCUGAAAGACGUAUGGCCUGAAAAGUCCAUUUUUUCUCUCUUGCAUUAUUCCAUCUUUGUUCCACUCCCAAUUUCUUUUUGAUCUCCCCACACGAUCCAUCCACCUCAUCCAGGUGCUAAUGAAUCUAUUUUCCUACGUAUUUGUGAGUGUUAGCAGGUGUGAUCUGUAACGACCUGCUGCCAAUGUCACAGGGUGGUCACAUCUCAUUGAGUGAAGAGGAGAUCGUUUUGACAAAAUGAUCAUUAGACAAAGCAGGAAGAACGUGUCGACAAAAUGUAAUAUUUGGGCCCAAAUCAUUUAUCCCCCUGAAUGCACAGCUCAACCUCAUUUUCACUGGAUGAAUUAAGUGCCACAACAGGGAUUGAUGUAAUAAGUUAUGUUUACAUUGAACCAGAAUCAUCACAGUCACACCAUCCUGUGCAUCAUUUAGUCACAUGCUCCUUCUGGGCGCUUCGACCAGCAUUGGGACCUCAAUGCGGCUCCUACGUUAAAAAAGCGCAGCCUGCCUGUUGUUGCCUGUGGUUUGAGCGCUGCCGCAUCACGUCACGCUUCCUGUUGUGUGAGGAGAAGUCGAGCAGAAACAGGCAGCACCGAUGCUUACCUCACGUCACCAGAUCCAAAGUACUGUAGGUUUACUGGCGAUAUUCAAACUGCAAUCGACACACCUUUUUAUACAUUCUUCUUGUUCGUCAGUGCCUUGGUGGUUUUUUUUCUUCUUUCUUUUUUUUAACUAUGAAUUCACUUUGAUAUUCUCAGAUUUUCACCUGUUUUCUAUCACGUUUGUAAAGCUGGAUUUAGUUUCCAGUCCCCCGGAAACUCUUUUUUUUUUGCUGUAAUCUCGUCUGUUGUAAUAUGAAAAAUAAAUCUUUUAAUGCUG